AUGCUAUGUGAAGUAACAUUGGAAGUGUUUGAGGAAACUUCACUAAGAGCUCAGAAAACACUUGAUGCAAUCAAGAGAAUCUCACUCAACGAAGUUCAAAAGAUUCCAUCUAUGGUGAAAACACAUAAUAAUGAUAAUUCAAGUACAAAAAGCUUUGAAGCAAUCAAAGAAAGUCUUCAUAAAAUUAUUCAGGCUGAUAAUGAGAUUGAAAACGAACUUAAGGAACUCGCAGUUUUUCUCAAUAUCCAGAGUGCAGCUGCUAGAGCAGAAGUAGAUGAUUUCAAAGAGAUUGUGUCGAAAACAGGCUUAAAAAGCAGAUUGGACAACAUUUCAUACCUUCUUAGCAAUGGAUUUGGAUUUGAGGAUUUUGAGUCAGAUGAUAGAUGA